UUAAUGGUAUUUUUGCAUGACAACAACUAAAUCGCCACACGCGAUGAAUAUUGAGGGAAAAAUAAUCUGUUGACCCAGCGCGCAGUCCGUGAAAACCUCAUCAUCAGAUUUGUAAAGGAUGAAGAGUCUUACGGCGGCGCUCGUCGUUCUCUUUGCGCUAAGUCUGGAACCAUCAGAAGUAACAGGAACGUGUCGGGACCACUGUGACAGAUACGAUACGGGGGAGGGCACCAAACCAUGCACUACGAAACUGACUCGGCAGGGGAUGAAUUACAAAUCGUGUGGAUUUCUCUGGGGAAGUCGCUGCGAAAAGGGAUCAUACAUGUACUAUUCUCAAGGAUAUAAGUGUUGCAGACAAACAUGCAAAGUUAACGGUGGCUGGGACAGCUGGAGCAGCUGGUCAGUGUACUCACACUGUUCCCGCACGUGCGGAAAAGGGUACCAGACACUGGUCAGAUCAAGGUCCUGUAGGCGACCAUCCCCAAAGAACGGGGGGCGGGACUGCUAUGGACAAAACACAGAGAGAAGUACACACAAGAGCUGUUUUAUCAGACCUUGCAAAGUUGACGGCCACUGGUCGGCGUGGAACAGUUGGUCCCAUGCAGGCUCCUGUUCAGUUUCUUGUGGCAAAGGAAUGAGAACGCAAACUCGAACACGCACGUGCAAUAACCCAAGUCCGAGCUAUGGCGGGAAAACGUGUAGCGGAGGCAACACAAAAAGUCAUGAUGUCACAUGUAUUCGAAGCCCCUGCUCUAGGGACGGAAUGUGGUCCUCUUGGAGUAAGUGGGUCAAAGACGGCAAGUGUUCCGUGACCUGUGGAGAGGGGGUCAGGAAGCACGCGAGAACACGAAGUUGCAACAACCCAGUUCCCAAUAAUGGAGGAAAAUAUUGUGUGGGAAGCCGAAAAGAAAUCACCUUGAAACAGUGCACAGAGAGGGUCUGUCCUUUAGAAGAUCCCCUUCAAUGCAAACAGAAGACUUGCAGCAUGUAUGGUAAUUGCAAGUGCGCGUUCGGUUUCUAUGGAGAUGGAUUCACUUGUAAAGGAAGUCGCGGAAAGAAAUUUUUACUUCUCUUCAUGGAAACAAUUUCGGAUUUGCAAUCUGAAGUGUCAAGCAAUCGAUCCACAGAAAUCCACGUGGCAGCCCUAGAUCCUAGUAACAUAAAACUGCAAUCUUCUUCUGAAAACUUGCGCUCCCUCCCAUUCAGUCGAGGAAAGUCCGUGUCUACGGGAGCUUCGACUCUAAAAAUUCCAAUUUCGUUCAGAACGACUGAUUUCAAGACCGAGAAGAAGGCAAUAUUGCUUGAAUCGACCAACCCGGUGUCUGUCUUCUCGCUAAACCACGACGGUUACUCCUCUGACAGUACUCUGAUAUUGCCAGUGGAAAGAUUGGGAACAAAGUAUAUCGUUGGGUCCACAGAUCCAUAUUCGUCUCGAGAUAAAGCACACAAAAGCCAAGUCGCGGUGGCUGCUUUGCAAGAUAACACGGUCGUAACAAUUAAACUGAAAAUGAAAUCAAAUACUUCCCUGUAUUACCGUAACAAGCGGUAUUUCUCGGGCAACAAAAUGACCGUUAACUUGAACAUGUUCGGAAGUUUUCAGUUGUCCCACCAAACCGACCUUACUGGGACGUUAGUGGAUGCCAAUCGGCCCGUGGCAGUGUUCGCCGGAAAUCGCUGCAACAAACUGCAACGGUUCGGAUACUGCAGCCACUUGAUUGAGCAGCUUCCCCCGAUCACUGACCUGGAUUCAAAGUUUAUUGUACCCCCAAGUCUGGAGACGAGUGGUACAAGGGUAAGAAUUGUGUCCCCACGAAAAACUCGCGUAUUGUUUUAUCUAAAUAGCGGGAAAAGAGAGAAGGUCAUGCAACCAGGCAUGUCACAUGACGCAGAAUUUCAUGGCGACCAUUCUGUUUACAUACAAGCGGAUGGGCCAAUCAUGGUCCUGAGUUUUGCAGUUCGAAUGGGUCGAGGGGGCCAAGGGGAUCCCUACAUGUCUAUUGUACCGGGGCUCAAUCAGUACCUCAGUCAAUACUAUAUACUGGUCCCAACCGGAUACACGAAGAACUUUCUGUCUGUCAUCCUAAAAGCCGAAGCCAAGUCAAAACUGCUUAUCGACGGAAAACCAAUUUCUGGAAAAAGCAUCAUUUCAGAGAUAAAGGUUACAGCGUGGCGGGAGGGUCACGUGGUACUUGUUCUACAGGUCAGUCCCGGGGGUCACCGACUGGAGACGACGGACGGGUCCAGAUUUGGGCUGAUGGUGCACGGGCAAUCUGACGGGGAUAACUACGGAUACGCCGCCAACAUUGUCAAACUCUCGUAAAACUGCACGAGACUUCGCGAUAUCUUUUUCUUUAUAAGUAUUCUACAAUGAUAUAAUAAAAUGAGAAUAGCUGUC